CGGCGACGGGAGCGCGGCGCGGGGCCCGGAGCCGGGGGCCCAUGCCCCAGCGGCCCGCAGCCCCGGCGCCAUGGCCUCCGGGAGCGUGGCCGAGUGCCUGCAGCAGGAGACCACCUGCCCCGUGUGCCUGCAGUACUUCGCCGAGCCCAUGAUGCUCGACUGCGGCCACAACAUCUGUUGCGCGUGCCUGGCCCGCUGCUGGGGCGCGGCCGAGACCAACGUGUCGUGCCCGCAGUGCCGGGAGACCUUCCCGCAGCGCCACAUGCGGCCCAACCGGCACCUGGCCAACGUGACCCAGCUGGUGAAGCAGCUGCGCACCGAGCGGCCGUCGGGGCCCGGCGGCGAGAUGGGCGUGUGCGAGAAGCACCGCGAGCCGCUCAAGCUGUACUGCGAGGAGGACCAGAUGCCCAUCUGCGUGGUGUGCGACCGCUCGCGCGAGCACCGCGGCCACAGCGUGCUGCCGCUCGAGGAGGCCGUGGAGGGCUUCAAGGAGCAAAUUCAGAAUCAGCUGGACCAUCUCAAAAGAGUGAAAGACUUAAAGAAGAGGCGGCGGGCUCAGGGCGAGCAGGCACGCGCAGAACUCUUGAGCCUGACCCAGAUGGAGCGGGAGAAGAUCGUGUGGGAGUUCGAGCAGCUCUACCACGCGCUCAAGGAGCACGAGUACCGCCUCCUGGCGCGCCUGGAGGAGCUGGACCUGGCCAUCUACAACAGCAUCAACGGCGCCAUCACGCAGUUCUCCUGCAACAUCUCCCACCUCAGCGGCCUCAUCGCCCAGCUGGAGGAGAAGCAGCAGCAGCCGACGCGGGAACUCCUGCAGGACAUCGGGGACACACUCAACAGGGCUGAAAGGAUCAGGAUCCCGGAACCUUGGAUCACACCUCCAGAUCUGCAGGAGAAAAUCCACAUUUUUGCCCAGAAAUGCCUGUUCUUGACCGAGAGUCUGAAGCAAUUCACAGAAAAAAUGCAGUCGGAUAUGGAGAAAAUCCAAGAAUUGAGAGAGGCUCAGUUAUACUCAGUGGACGUGACGCUGGAUCCCGACACGGCCUACCCCAGCCUCAUCCUGUCCGAGAACCUGCGGCAGGUGCGCUACAGUUACCUCCAGCAGGACCUGCCCGACAACCCCGAGCGCUUCAACCUCUUCCCCUGCGUGCUGGGCUCCCCGUGCUUCAUCGCCGGCCGCCACUACUGGGAGGUGGAGGUGGGCGACAAGGCCAAGUGGACGAUCGGCGUGUGCGAAGACUCCGUGUGCAGGAAGGGCGGCGUGACCUCGGCCCCCCAGAACGGAUUCUGGGCCGUGUCCCUGUGGUACGGCAAGGAGUACUGGGCCCUGACCUCCCCGAUGACGGCCCUGCCCCUGCGGACCCCUCUCCAGCGGGUGGGCAUCUUCUUGGACUAUGACGCGGGAGAGGUCUCCUUCUACAACGUGACCGAGCGGUGUCACACCUUCACGUUCUCGCACGCCACCUUCUGCGGGCCCGUGCGGCCCUACUUCAGCCUGAGCUACUCGGGCGGGAAGAGCGCGGCGCCGCUCAUCAUCUGCCCCAUGAGCGGCAUCGCCGGCUUCUCCGGCCAUGUGGGCAGUCACGGCCAUUCCAUGGAGACCUCCCCGUGAGGAGGCCGGCCAGGCCAGAGGGGCCGCUGGCCACACCCCACCCGGCUGGGGGCAUCUAGCUGCUGUCGCGGCCAGAUCACCUUCCCGCCCUCCGUGCCCUUGCGGUGGGGACAUGAUGUCCAGCUGGUUCUCGGCCCUCCUCUCCCCACGCAGAUUGGGAGCUGUCCCCAGAUGCCUCCAGGCUCCACCUCCAGUGCUCCACCCGCUCUCCGAGGCGUGAGAGUCUCUGAGGAGGGAGCACCUUCUUUCUGGGGAUCUGCCUCUUCCCUGGUCCCAGCCUGCCCUAGUUUGGUUAACUCCGUGCCAGAGGCCUCCGUGUUUGGGUUAGUUACAGUUCGUUUACGGUUAUGGUGGGAAAUGGCCCCACCUCCCUCAUGAGAUAAUGCUCUAACCCACGUGCUCUUCGGUCCGAUCUGUUCUGAGGUCCCUCUGCUCCCUUCAUUCUAAUGAAAAGUUAUCCCGGUGCUGGAUACACAUUCCCCAGAAUAAAUUUUUAUCCCAAACCACCCAGUGUUCGCUUCCGUCUCACCUCUGUGGACUGACCGUCAGUCCGCCACCAUCCGUGCACCUCCUCCGGGGAGUCUUCAACUUUUCCCUCCUUUCCUCUGCCAUCUCCUUCAGGGGUGGGGGAAUUGACCUUUCUGACGUGUACAUGGGGGGCUUUCCUUCCCGUGACCAUUGGAUCCUGGAGCAUUCUGGGGUCAGAGCACUUUGAGCAACCCCCUGUGAUGGUUCUUAGUCCUAAUUCUCUUUGAGUACAUGCCUUUCUGUUUGAGAAUAAAGUGAAUAUGGAUGUUGUUUA